AAACUUCCUUGUGAUACUCAAGAUAAAUUUUGUUAAUUUUGCAUCAAAAUUAGACAUCCGGACGAAAUAUGAAAUAUAAUCAAGAUAAACCUUGUCAGAUAUAAAGGGUGGUCUGUCAGUGUAGCUUCAGUGACACGCGCUCACUUAGUUAGAUCUAGUUGGAUCUCUUCCGAAAAUAUUGAAACAACUACCACACUAACAUCCAUUUGUUUUACAACACCUUAUGGUUUUAUGACUUGAUAUCGGUUUCACAGCAUCGUAAGCGGAUCUGACGGAUAACUCGGCAAUGGGUAGACUGUUUGGAAUUCUGAUUUUGACUUCAUUGCUUGUAUCACUUAAUGGACAGGUGUUGUUUGAUGAUAUUGGAGAUAGACAGAGGUCAGCAGACUUGGAAACGGAGCUUCAGCAAUUUAGUCAAGGUAUUGAAAAGAUGGUAACGAAAAAACUUAAGGAAGUCGAAAACGUCAUCGAGACAAAGAUCACCAAUUUAUAUAGGAAAGUUGAGAAAAUCAGUGAUCUUAUUACCACAACUCAGACCGAGCAGCGACUCCUAAAGCAGGAAAUGGAGUCUUUAAAAUCUAAAACUGAUUUUCUGAUUACAACAAACUGUGCUGACAUUUUGAACAAUUAUCCAUAUAACAGAGGGAGGGAUGGUGUGUAUAAUAUCGUUGAUUUAAAUAAAAAUAAAGCAAAGGCUGUGUACUGUGAUAUGACCACUGACAACGGAGGAUGGACGGUGAUUCAGCGGAGAGUGAAUGGAUCGGUGGACUUUUACCGUAACUGGACGGACUACAAGAACGGGUUUGGAUUUGCUGACCACGAGUAUUGGAUAGGAAAUGACAUGCUACAUAGUUUGACAUCAACGAACCCCCAAGAACUGCGAGUAGAUAUGGAGAGAUUUAAUGGAGAGAAAGCCUAUGCUGUAUACUCUAAUUUUUCUGUCGGGGACGAGGCCAGUAAAUAUCAGCUACAGGUGAAUGGAUACAGUGGGAAUGCAGGGGAUAGCCUGGAAUACAGCAACAACAGUAUGUUCUCUACCCCGGACCAGGAUAACGACGGGAAGAGCAGCGGUAGCUGUGCCACCAAGUACAGAACGGCAGGGUGGUUCAAGAAUUGUUUCUGGGCCAACCCUAAUGGACAGUACACUGACUCUGAGAAAACUAGUCAUGGAUACAUGAUAUGGAAUCACUGGAAAAAAUUGAUGAUAUCUUUAAAAUCAAUGCAGUUGAUGAUUCGUCCCCGAGCCUGACACCGAAGUGUAACUUUAUCCUCAUUAUGUUGCCAAAUGUAGCAGUUCUCUCUCUGUGUAUUUACUUUAUUUACCUGCAUGUUUUUGUUUGUCAAUUGACUAUCAGACACUUUUGCACCAUAUGUAAAUAUUUAAAGUAUUGUUUAU